AUGCCAUUGCCAUUACCAUCGCACAGCCACGGCCGCCCUGCUGCAUCCAUGGCCGCCGCAGCUCGCCGCCCUCUGCUUCUCCCUAUCUCGUGGGUUCUAGUGCUGCUGCUGGCCGUCCACGCGACGUCGCAGCUCGCCGUAGCGCUUGACCAGGACGGCGUGCUGCUCCUCUCCUUCAAGUCCUCCCUCCUCGCCGACCCCCUCGGUUCCCUCUCCGGCUGGGGCUACGCCGACCCCACGCCCUGCGCCUGGAACGGCGUCGUCUGCAUGGCCUUCCCCGCCACGUCUUCGUCGGACCAGAUGAGGGUCGUCAGCGUCAUCCUGCCCAAUGAGCAGCUCGUCGGCCCCAUCUCGCCGGAGCUGGGCCGGAUCGAGCACCUCCGCCACCUCGAUCUCUCCGGGAACGCGCUCAACGGCACCCUCCCCGUCGACCUGUUCCGCGCGCCGGAGCUCCGCAUCCUCUCGCUCGCCAGCAACGGCAUCACGGGGGGGCUGCCGGAGCAGGUCGGCCAGCUGCGCAGCCUCCGCGCCCUCAACCUCGCCGGCAACGCGCUCUCCGGCGCCAUACCGGGGAACCUCACCCUGCUCCAGAACCUCACCGCCGUCUCCCUCUCCAGCAACUACUUCUCCGGCGCGCUCCCCGGCGGCGGGUUCCCGGCGCUGCAGGUGCUCGACGUCAGCUCCAACAUGCUCAACGGCACGCUCCCGGCGGACUUCGGAGGCGCCGCGCUGCGGUAUGUUAACCUCUCCUCCAACCAGCUCGCCGGGGCCAUACCGCUGGAAAUGGCGUCGCACCUGCCGGCCAACGUCACCAUCGACCUGUCCUUCAACAAACUCACCGGCGCGAUCCCGACGGUGGCGCCGUUCGUGGCGCAGAGGGCGACGGCGUUCGCGGGCAACGACGAGCUGUGCGGGAGGCCGCUCGACAGCCUCUGCUCCGAUGCUUCCACCUCCGCCGUGGAUCCCCCGAAGGGGACGGCAAAGUCGCCCCCGGCCCUUGCGGCCAUACCCAACAACCCGACCGAGACGAUGCCCGGCAGUGGAGCGCCGUCAUCAGGAGGAGGACAAGGCAGGCUGAAGCUGGCCACCAUCAUAGCCAUUGCCGCCGGCGACGUGGCCGGCAUCGCUGUCCUGUUCGCGGUGUUCUUCUACGUGUACCAGGUGAGGAAACGAAAGCAGCGGCAGGAGGUGGCGAAGCAGAGGAUGGGAGCAGCGGUGUUCAAGAAGCCGGAACCGUCGGACGAGUCGCCCGACGUCGCCGGCCGGAGCCUGUCGUGCUGUCCCGGGAAGAAGGCAGGCGACGACAGCGACGACACGGAGGAGGAUGUGACGGACACGUCUUCCUCCUUCGUUGCCAAGGAGGAGAACCACAAGGCAGGCGAGGGAGCGGUGGCAGCCAAGAAGAAAGAGAGGUCGGUGCUGGUGACGGUGGACGGCGAGGUGGAGCUGGAGCUGGAGACGCUGCUCAAGGCGUCGGCCUACAUCCUGGGCGCGGCGGGCGACAGCAUCGUGUACAAGGCGGUGCUGGCCGACGGCGCGGCGCUGGCCGUGCGCAGGAUCGGCAGCGAGGACGCUGGCGUGAGGCGGUUCAGCGAGUUCGACGCGCAGAUGCGCGCCAUCGCCAAGCUCCGUCACGGCAACAUCCUGCGCCUCCGCGGCUUCUACUGGGGCCCCGACGAGAUGCUCCUCAUCCACGACCUGGCCGCCAAUGGCAGCCUCGCAAACGCCUCCGUGAAAAGGAAGCCGGGGACGCCGCCGAUGAGCCUCGGGUGGAGCGCGCGGCUGCGCAUCGCGCGAGGCGUGGCGAGCGGCCUGGCCUACCUCCACGACAAGAAGUGCGUGCACGGCAACGUGAGGCCCAGCAACAUCCUCCUGGACGCGGACAUGGAGCCGCUGCUGGCCGACCUGGGCAUCCACCGGCUGGUCCGCGGCGCCGGGGACAGCAGGCUGAAGCCGGCGGGGCGGUUCGGGAGCAAGCGGUCGGCCAAGAGCCUGCCGGACCUGUCGCCGCCGCCACCCGGGACAGCAGGAGGAGGGGCGAGCCCGCUGGCCGGCGCCGGGCCUUCCUCCUCCGCGGAGGCGGCCGCGCACUACCAGGCGCCGGAGGCGGCCAAGAACCCGACGAAGCCGAGCACCAAGUGGGACGUGUACUCGUUCGGCAUGGUACUGCUCGAACUGGUGGCCGGGCGCGCGCUGACGAGCGUGGAGCUCUGCCAGUGGGCGGCGGGGGAGGACAGCGGGCAGCAGGCGUUCCUGCUGGCGGACGCGGCGCUGCGGGGGGAGAUGGAGGGCAGGGAGGAGACGCUGGCGAGCUGCCUGAGGCUGGGGUUCGCGUGCUGCGCCGCGGCGCCCGGCAAGCGGCCCGCCAUGAAGGACGUGCUCCAGGCCAUCGACAGGAUCCCGUCUCCUUCCUCCAACUCCUCCGCCUCCGCGCAGCGACAGUGA